AUGAUUGGGACUCACGACAUAAUCCCAACCCCCAUUCGCUGCCUUACCGACCCCGAGGACCUGAAAUACACAGAUGCUACCGACCCAAUGCCUCAUCCACAACAGCAACUGACCCGUCCCCGGUCGGCCACCGUCGGGUCUCGAAAUGGGAAAGGUCGGGCAGUGUAUCUCGAGGUAGAGGAUGGUGACGACGAUGACGAACAGGCGAAGAUGAUUUCGAGACUUAGGUCUAGAUCCAGACCCAGGACGCAAUCGAGACACAGGACUAGGAGCAUGACCAGGAGCGUGACCAGUAGCAGCGGAGAUGAUGAGACCUACGAACUUUCGACGCCACCGAGAUCCACCCCUUUGUAUCGAUCCAGGCCUACCUCGAGGAUUCCAUCACCGUCUUCAUCGAGAAGUUCAAGCGUUGACACUGAGUCAUCGGAUUCUACAGAGGAUGAAAGACUUAAGCGCCGAGCCCGCAAAAGACCAGUCCAAGUCCCAGUAACCCCGCCUGCACCCCCGGUCGACCGGGUCUCCCGUCGACGACAACGAUCAAAACAUCGAGAAAGACCUGCUUAUGAAGAAGAUACCGAUGAAGAACCCGAAUACGAAACUACGCUCCGUCGUUUACGGGAAAGGUCCAAAUCAGUACCGCGAUCAGGACAUAUCGAGUCACGAAGCACAUCCCGGAUUCGUCCUCGCCAUCGAGACCAUUACGACGAACCAGAGGCUAGUUCAUCAAGACGACCUCAUCGGAGGAGGUACUAUGAAUCUGAUGUGGGAUACACUGCGAAGCCCUCGCUUCCGCGGGCGCAUACUGCUCCCAGCUCACAUGUAGCGUCCCAGAGACUCCAGUCGCCGCCCGAAAAGCACUCGAAGAUGGUGGAAUGUGUUGUAUGCCUCGACGACCUACCGUCUUCAAAGACGGCCAAGCUGAAGUGCGGGCAUCGGAUGUGCAAGUCAUGCCUAAAGCGCAGCUUCAAGCUCUCCGUCAAAGACCCAGCGCAGAUGCCUCCGAGAUGCUGCACGUCAGAUUGCAUCCCGCUAAAGCAUGUCGAUAACCUGUUCGACAUCGAUUUCAAGAAGACAUGGAACCGGAAGUUCCACGAAUUUUCUACUCGGAACCGUGUGUACUGUCCGGGUAAGAGAUGCGGCCGAUGGAUCAGACCAGACCAGAUCCAGCAACACCGCAAUGGUCGUAAGGUGGGUAGAUGCGGUAGCUGUCAUACUCGCGUAUGCUGCGACUGCAAUAACAAGUGGCACGGUUCUGGCCCGUGUCCUGCUGACGAAGAGACAAACCAGAUUUUACAGCAGGCUAAGGAAGAGGGAUGGCAGCGUUGCUUCAACUGCAGAAAUAUGGUAGAGUUAAAGGAAGGUUGUAAUCACAUGACAUGUCGUUGCGGAGCGGAAUUUUGCAUGAUUUGCGGCCUGAAGUGGAAGACUUGUGAAUGCCCGUGGUUCAACUAUGAUGGCGCCGACGCGGACGGGCUCGAGCAUAUGCAGAUCCCAGAACCGAUGAUAGACCGCGAGAGGUUAGGCCUCAGAAGUGCCCCGCCUGCUCAGGGCUUUGCUCAGGCUUUUGAUGCUAGACGCUCGCCUGGUAAUGGACUACGAACUCGACCAAAUACCUACGAUGAAGAACUUAUCCGUAGACGUCUUCAAGAACAGCGAGACGAAGAAUUAGCACGGCGGCUUCAGUUCGAGGACAGCGAAGAUGAAUAUAUGGAUCCAGCUGAUGAUAUUAUGGGUCUCGGAAACAACGCCGCCACCAACAAUACGGCGCACUUCAAUAUGAAUAACCCCUAUAGGCGUCGAGCACAGACUGUAGUCGCGCCGCCAGCACCUGCGCCGCCACCAGUAGGACCAUUUGAAAGGACAGCAGGUUCAGUUGCAGACUAUGUCACCGGGGUGAACAGGGCACGCGGCCUUCGCGCCAGCUCGAUGGAACGCCGUCUCGCCGACCGGUUCGAACAGCGUCAAAACCCCAGCCCGGCCCCUCAAGGCUUCGGACAGGGCAUACCACCUCCCCCGGCCCCUCCCCGAGCGAUGGGCCCGCCGCCGCUACCGUCUCAAGCCCCUUUACCGACACCUCCUAUGAUGCGUAGACACACCGUAGACGACGAAGACUUAUACGAGAUUCCACGGGCCAGUCGAGUUCCCGAACGGAUGCUCCCCAGACGAGCCGCAACGCGCGGCUACAUGGACGACUCGGCUCUGUACGAACCCGGACCCCGGGUGCGGCACCGCCAGCGAGCUGCGUCGACAUCGCCCAAGGACUCCGUUCUCGCCGGCCUCACCGGGCCCGGACGCGGCAUGCACCGCGUAUACGAAUGGGUUGAGCACGUCGAGCAGGACCCGCACACACUCGCUGCGUAG